GCACGCGCAUGUGGCGCCGAGGUGCAGACUCCAAGGGUGCAGUGGCCAACUUUGUGGAAACAGAGCAAGUGGUGACGGUGGAUGGGGGUGCUGUUGCAUCAUACGUGCAGAUCAGGGGAUCCAUCCCGGUGCUGUGGGAGCAGAUCGUCAACCUCACGUACAAGCCCAAGCUCCAAACCGUCGUCACAGCCGAGCAGCCAUUUGAAGCGCCCCUGAGGCAGCACCUUAGGGGGCUUAAGGAGAUCUACGGCCCUGUCAUUGCUGUUGACCUGGUCAACCAGCACGGUGGGGAGAGCCGCAUCGGAUCAGCAUAUGCUGGUGCUGUGAACGCCAUCAAGGACCCUGACAUGCGCUACGUGCCGUUUGACUUUCACCACGAGUGCGGAGCUACCAAGUACCACCAGCUCUCUCAGCUGGAUGAUCAGAUCGGCAAAGACAUGGAGGCACAGGGGUUCUUCCUGCAAGGCAAGGACGGGACGGUGCAGAAGCAGCAGCACGGCACAGUGCGCACCAACUGUGUUGACUGCCUUGACCGCACCAACGUCACCCAGAGCUGGUUUGCGCGGCAUGUGCUGGAGCAUGAGCUGAGGCAGAUGGGCCUGCUGGGGAAGGACGAGACCGUGGCGGAGCACAGUGACUUUGACGCCAAGUACAAGAUCAUGUGGGCGGACCAUGGUGAUGACAUCAGCACACAGUACACGGGCACGCCAGCACUCAAGGGAGACUAUGUGCGGUAUGGCAAGCGCAGCCCGGAGGGGUUCCUCCAGGAUGGGGUCAGUGCUGUGAUGCGAUACUUCUUCAACAACUACACUGAUGGCGUGCGGCAGGACGGCCUGGAUUUGGUCAUGGGUAACUAUACGGUCAAGCAAGGCGCUCCAUCUCCUUUCACACGCACGGGCAUUGAGAGAUACACUAACCUGAGGGUGGCACUCGUGGUGCUCGUGGCCUCCACGUACCUCUUCAUCCGAAACGUCAUCCCUU